GCUUUCGGUUUAGAUAAAUAAAAGUUAUCUGUCGUCCACGACCUGCUACACAUCAAGAUGAAGUCAUCUUCUCGGUUUGGUUUUCGUUUUUCAAGCUCGUUCUGACUCGUACAACAUGAAAAUACAAGGAGCAGGCGUCGGAUGCGAAAAAACAGGAAGAAGUCAGUAUUCCUUGCUGAGAUUUUUGAUAUCGGUUUGCAAAAGUUGGCCACGUAAAAAAUAUACGUCCUCCCUCGUACUCGUCCCUCGUACCAGCCUCGUUAAGGAUGCAGGUUACAAUUUCGUGCACAGCCUUUUUGUCCUUUUCCUCGUGCAAAGACGUCUGAUAAAGAAAUAUGACAUAAAGCACUGAAGCUCUUGCUCUUUAUUCUUUGUUCAACAAGCAACAUGUCCAUUUAUUUUACAUGAGUUGUUACAACCAGGUCCUCCCUGACUGUGAGAAACGUAAAAAACUUCGACCGCAUCAGGUCUAAACAACUUCACAACAAAGUAGGAUAGCGAUCAACUAACUCUCGCACAACGCGCACCAACCGCUUCAAAAAAAAGCAACUGCAAGAAGACUUCAUCACGCAAAGAACAACGAUUGAACUUUGACAACUUUCUAAAAGUUGCCUCUUGAAAACUCAUAAGUAUGAGUGCUGUUUCCCGCUCGUUAGGAAUUACUAGAGGCGUGCGGGGCGGUUUUGUGGGCAUUAGGGACAGGUACAGAAACACCACCAAAGAUGGAAGAGCAGCGUAGCGCGAGCGAUGUUGCACUACUAUGGUUGUCGCCUCAUUUGCGCAGCAUACGAGCAGGCAACCUGGUGGCGUGACUCACUGCCUACUGACCGAUGUGAACAACUGUAGCAUUGUCGCGAGGAGAAGGGGCGAGCAGUCUGGAGCCGCAAGGCGAAGGGGUCAGAUGGCAUUUACGAACCACGAAUAGAGAACCGCGAAGGAACAAGGACGACGAGCCAAGAUCAUUCCACUUUCCGAUCUGAAGUUGUCUAUGUGCUAACUCGCUGUUUUUAGUUUGUGACUUGUAUGUUAAAAAAAAAAAAAAAAAACUUUGACAACUUUCUUGUUGGCAAAGUCAUUCAACCUGCAUCGAUUUUUCUUCACGACCAGAAAAAUCUGGGACAGCUUGAAGAACGACCUCAGACGCACUGUCUGCUUCUGCUCACUGCCGAGUUCAUUUCCUGCUUUCCCCGCGGUUUUUUUUACCCAAAAAAACCAUGAAGGUCCUGCGAACGGGUGCGAAAGUUCUGGCGGGUGCCGGUCUCUUGGCCGGGGUAGUUCCCGAACCGGCGGCGGCUGUGGACGUCGCGCAACUGCUGGGGCGGAUGUAUGGAGGAAAAAGAGAAGGCCGUCUGUAAAAAUAUCAGGAUUCCUUUGAAGAAACCGAACUUCUGCAUGAGAAAUUUAUUCUCGCAUGGAAUAGUACGUAGGGCUAGAAGGCAUGAAACACAAGAAAAGAUGGAGAUCGUGCUGUGUUGAUUGUCAGCAUCAUGCAACAUUCUCUAGCUUGAAAAAGAAGCAGUUCCGUAUACUUAUUUGUCAUUGUUGCAGAAAAAAGACCAAGAACUAUACUGCCGUGGUAAAAAAUAAAAAUGGUUUCUGGACGGCCUUUUUUUUCCUUUCAUACCACGGGGCUUAGUACCAGCACCAGCACGGAGGCGACCAUGGCCUCCAAGAAGAAGGAGAAGAUCAUAUUACAGUGAAAAACGCCCCCACCCCAGAACUUCCCUGGGAGCAUCUGUAUUGCAAGCCUUUCCAAUGGAAUAUCAAUGGAAACAUUCGCCGUCCUGCAUGUUGUAUCAACAUCACAGAAUUUCAAGCGUGAAUAGCAAAAAUCUGUAAUUGCAAAAGAUUCCAGCAAGCGCGGCGCUUGUCAUGCAAGCGAUGCCGUAUACGAUUACGACUAGACUCUGCAUCAGAAAGAUUCAUAGUCCUUUCCAUGCAAGACAAAAAGUUUUCAUUUGGAAACUUCGCAUCACAAAUUGUUGCAACUUUCAGGGUGAGGGCAUUUUUCACUGUAAUAGAUCACCUGCGAGAAGUGGGCCGAGGGGAUCGACAGCGACAAAGUAUCAUUUGUAAAAACGUCCCCACCCGCCCAGAGUUGUGUGUAAUGCAAAUUUGCAUGCUCCUGAGAAUGUUUCUCAUGCAGAGACCGCUCAGAAGCAGUUUCUAUUGGUGUGCAGUUGCGAUUUGAUAUGCUCAAAUUUGCAUCGUAUGCUAGAUUUGUGAGACCCCUGCACUAGCUAAAGACGACUACGAGUUUGUCAUUCGCAACAGCCAAAGCUUGGCGAUUUGUCUAGCAGAUUUCGUCUCUUGACUCUGGGAUGGGGACGUUUUUUCUCACCAUACAAAGAUGAAGCGUGCUCGAAGGAGGCGAAGGACGUGGGCGGCAAUUCCAAGGCGACGUUUGCGAAGAGUUGUGUCUCUGUAUCAAAAGGAAAAAUCCCCCCUCCCCAUAUCGAAAAGGUAUGUUUCCGAAAAUUUGUGUUGCUGAUCUGUGACCACAAAUCGGGUCCGUCUUGCAAGAAGGCACGCUCAGGCUGUCCGCCAGGUCAUGCAGGCGAUUUGUAAUGCUCUAAGGCCUGCUACGGGGUAGCCGUCUGCCAUGCUAGGCGCCUACACCAAAAGCCUCCCGCCUAGGCUCAGGGUCUGAGUGCAUUCCUCUACUGCAACACAAAUUGGAUUUGUGUACCCAAAUCCAGCAUCAGAAGUUUUAGUUUUGUUGUGAUAUGGGGAGGGGAGAUUUUUCCUUUUGAUACUUUGUCGAGAUCACGGAAGACGACCACCUGACGAGCGCUGAGAAGAUAUCAUUUGCAAAAACGUCCCUACCCCAUACUCGUAAUGCAAUUCUGCAUGCUGAAGAUGUUUCUCAUGCAGAGCCCCAUGAGAAAUAUUGUCUAGUCGUGUUUCGGAAUUUGUCGUGCUCCAAUCAGCAUGAUAUGCUAGAUGUGUGGUGCUGGUGAACUAACUGAAUAGGACUAGACUGCGAGGCCAAACUUGUCAUGCGCAACAGCAAAAGCUGGUGGAUUUGUGUAGCAGAUUGCCCAUCUUGACUCUGGUGUGGGGACGUUUUAUUUACUCAGGAUAGAAGAAAAAGCAGCGGAAGCGAGCGGUGUACACGUGUUGCAGUGAUUCCGGGAUUGACAGUUUCGUGAGCUGCUGCUAG